CUCUUUUAGGCAGAAAUAAUGUAUAGCAGUUGGAGGAUGCAUUAAGUACUCAUUCAGAAUGUUCUCUCUACUUUCCAAAACAAAAGAAAACCUUCUGCAGUCUUUUAAAGACCUUUAUUCCCAUGAAUCUGAAGAAAAAUAACAUUUAAAAGAGAGCAAUUAUUGUGUGUAGUUUGGGGUGAGGUAUGUAAAAGAUAAGCAGGUGGCUUGAACAGUUUUUAUGUAAUGAUGUCUGAUCUAAUUGAAAAGUGAGCAAAGGUCUGAUUUUUUGUUUGUUUUAGGAGCGAAGAAAGGGGAGAGAAGGAAAGAGAUUUAUGUCUAUCGAGCUGUGCAUUAUUUUUCUGCUCCUGAAGGCCAUCUGCUAAACCAGGUGGUUUCUUGUAAAACAAGAUAGGUCAGGAUGAAAAUGCAGAUAAAGAAAAGUUAAUCUUUUACUACUUAAAUAUUGCAAGGGAUUACAAUUUAAGACUGCCCCUGGUCUGUAAUCUGUUUGAGGCUUAAGGCAGUGUGGAAGGACAGUAAAGAGAUUCUUCAUAAAAAAGGGGGUGCCCUUCAGUAUGAGAGGGAAGAAGUGUGAGGUAGCGCUUUCAUCUUCUGAAAGCCUGCUAAUUAAAACACUAACUAGAACAGGCACAGAGAGAUUUGCUGCCCAUGUGGUUUAACUCCCCUGUCUCCUGAGAUUGGUGCUGGUGACGAUUGUUCAACGUUAAGAGGAGGACGAGGGAAUGGUAUACAGAUUAACAAAUUGUUCAAUUUAAAAAUAAAAUAUAUAAAUAAAAAAGAGAUAAACGUGGGAGGCAGGGAAGGGAAGGAUUCUGUAUGGCGAAGGGGUUUCAGCAAGAAAGGAAACCUCAGGAAAACGGGACGCUGGUGUGGUCCAAGAAUCAUAAAUUUCAGGGAAUGGGAUAGUGGUGGCGAGAAUAGAUCCGGGAAACAGUAAGAGUAGACUAGCAGUGUCGCAUUUCUUUGCAUAGCGAAGCGCGGGAUUUACAAAUGUUCAAAUUAGCCAAUGGAGCUUGGCUUCUUCUCAUAAGCCAAUCAGAGAGAGGAUAUUUUUCUAUAAAUACCUCUAGAGCACUACACUCUUUUAUUUGAAGUAGAGAGAGCGUGCGUUUUCUGAAAUGGCCAGGACCAAGCAGACCGCCCGUAAGUCUACUGGUGGCAAAGCCCCCCGUAAGCAGCUGGCUACCAAAGCUGCUCGGAAGAGCGCGCCUGCCACUGGGGGAGUGAAGAAACCUCAUCGUUAUCGGCCCGGCACUGUUGCCUUGCGAGAGAUCCGCCGCUACCAAAAAUCUACUGAGCUGCUCAUUCGCAAGCUGCCCUUCCAGCGCCUGGUCCGUGAAAUCGCCCAGGACUUCAAAACUGAUUUGCGCUUUCAGAGCUCGGCUGUUAUGGCUCUACAGGAGGCGAGCGAAGCCUACUUGGUGGGGCUCUUUGAGGACACCAACCUGUGUGCUAUUCACGCCAAGAGAGUCACCAUCAUGCCUAAAGACAUCCAGUUAGCCCGGCGUAUCCGGGGUGAACGGGCUUAAAGGCUGUACCGCUGCAUUCUGACUACUUGAAUACUCCAAAAUACUCCAAGGCUCUUUUAAGAGCCACUACAUGAGCAUUGAAAAGAGCUGUAACACGCCCAUAACGUGUAUCCUUUAAUCACAAGACGUCACUGUUGCUGCUUACCUAAAUUA